GCGAGCCAUGGCCCGGGAGGCCGCGGAGCUGCCGCCGGAGGAGACCCUGUUGCUCUGGAAACGACGGAGGCGUGGCAGCGGGACCCCGCCUUCUCGGGGCUGCAGCGGGUCGGGGGCGUGGACCUGUCCUUCGUCAGAGGGGACAGCGUCAGCGCCUGCGCCUCCCUGGUGGUGCUCAGCUACCCCGAGCUCCAGGUGCUAUACGAGGAGAGCCGCAUGGUCAGCCUGACCGCCCCCUACGUAGCGGGCUUCCUGGCCUUCCGAGAAGUGCCCUUCCUGGUGGACGCGGUGCAGCGGCUACGGGAUAAGGAGCCAGGCCUCAUGCCCCAGGUCCUCCUUGUGGAUGGAAAUGGGGUGCUCCACCACCGAGGCUUCGGUGUGGCCUGCCACCUGGGCGUCCUUACGGAUCUCCCCUGCGUUGGGGUGGCCAAAAAGCUCCUGCAGGUGGAUGGACUGGAGAACAGCCCCUGGCACAAGGAGCAGAUACGACGGCUACAUGCUGGGGGAGACACCUUCCCUCUGGUGAGCAGCUCCGGGGCUGUCCUGGGAAUGGCCCUAAGGAGCCAUGACCACAGCACCAAGCCCCUGUACGUCUCCGUGGGCCACAGGAUGAGUCUGGAGGCGGCCGUGCGUCUGACCCACCGCUGUUGCAGGUUCCGGGUCCCAGAGCCCGUGCGCCAGGCUGACAUCCGUUCCCGAGAAUACAUCCGCCGAACUCUGGUCCCCCCCGAGAACCCCCCCAAGCGGGGACAGGAGAGGAGCCAGAAGGCACAGCAACGAGAGGCCAGCCCCACAACAGCCUCAGGAGAGCCAACCAGGGAGGACACGCCUUGCACACCCCAGCUCGAGCCCCAGGACAGGCCCAAGAGCCCCGGCCUCGGGUCCCCCAGAGCCAGGAACCAGGACAUGCAGACAAAUGGACCUCGGGGCCAGGAAGAGGUUAAGGCUGCUGGCCUCCACACUCCGGCCACGGAACAGUAGCUGCCCUCCAUGCUGGUAGCCAGGGUCUGCAGGGAUCCUGGCAGAGCACCCUGCUCCUGAACAGCACUGACUGCAUCCCAUCAGGGACGCGGCAGGCCCUGCCCUGCUCAUGGAGGGAGCUACCCCUUGCUCCAGCUUCAGUGGCUGCUGGGGUCACAGUGCCUUAGCAGAAGACAGGCCCCCGGGCACCACGGCAGUCCCGGAAACGUGAGCUUGACUUCCAGGAGCUCGGGUGCCUGGCGGGCCUGUGUCUGCCUGCCAACACAGCUGACACCCACUUCUGCUGUUCCUUCCUUCAGGGUCCACUUUUAAACCAGCACACACUUCCUGGUGGCCACUCCACCCUGACCUGGAAGAGUGCCAAGCUGGGGUGGCAGGGCUUCAUGCCCGGUCCAUGUUGAUUCUGACCCCAGGCCAUCUAUCCCAGCCUGCCUGGACAGGCCCUGGGGUUCACAGGGCACCACGGGCUAGGGAUGGGUUCCGGGACCCUGGCCAGGAGGGUAGGGCAGCCUGUCCCCACCAGGCCCCAGAGCCACGGCUCUCCUGCCCACUGCCACCUCCGUCUGCUGCGGCCUUGACUCCACCCCGUGCCGGCCGCUUCCUCCUCUCGGGUGGACUGGAAGUCUCAGCUGAAGGGCAGGGGUCAGAGGGUGGCCCUCCCACAGCCUGGCCUCAGCCCUGGUGCCUCCUAAGCCCCCCAGUCUGCUGAGGCGUGUGCAAAGAUCCUGCAGCCUUUCCUGGCAUUUACCCGCCUCUCCAAGGAGGAGCUGUGGUUGAGACCUGACACCUGCGGCAGGCCCAGGCCUGCCCACUCUGGCACCGCUCCCCCAUUCUCAGUGCGCCCUGGAAGUAAGUAGCAGGGGAGGGUUGGGAAGGGGCCUGCCACUUCAGCUGCGCUAGUCCAAAGCCUCUGUUGGGCGGGGCUGCAGGGCUGGAUGGGGAAGAGCUGAGCCUGUGUAACUGCCCUCAUCUGGUGGCACUGCCUCUAUUUUAGAAGCUUCCAUAGCAGGUAGGACCACUCUGGGAGGGACAGAGCUUUGGAGGCAGAGCCAGGGGCUGCGCAGGGUCCCUCUAACGUGAGGCAGGCAGGAGGCCCGAGGCCAGUUUGUUGGUGACGCCGCGCAAUGUGAGGGGCUCCACCAUAGCUCGCUGUGAUCAGCAGGUUCCGACAUGUUCCUUAGGAGCCUCCUCGGGGCUCCUGGGCAGGAGGGUCAGGCCAGGUUUUGGCCACCCACCUGCAUGUGCGCCCUACAGUGACAGCAUGGUGGGGAGUGGGGUCAGGGGCUCCAGAAGGGCCGAAGGCAGGCCUGGGCGUGGGGAGCGCGGUGCUGGGUGCUCCAGCUUCUGUCGUCUGCAGCACCAGCCAGGGCCAGCCUGGAAGAUAGCUCAGCACUGUGGCCCAGGGCCCCGAGCUGAGAGCCGGCCAGGACCGGGCCUGGCGUCGGGCCCUCAGAGCCAUGUGCUGCCUGGCCUAGUGUCUGCCAUCUUUCACUCAGCGUGGUAUUCUCGAGGGUUGUCCACGUCACACCGAUGUUGGGACUUGGCCCUUUUUAUGACCUAGUGGCAUUCCAUGGGCCAGCCCUGCCAUAGCGUCCCCGGGCACGUGUGGCUGGGUGUUGGCGGUGUUAGUUCGGGGCUGAGGUGAAGAGUGCUGCUGUGGGCAGGCCCUGCAGUGCUGUGUGAACACGUCUACACUGUCUGGGGCACACACCUGCCAGUAGUUUCUGGGUCUUAGGACAGCCUGUGUUUAACUCUGGAAGUGACCAGACCGUUUCCACAGUGGCUGCACCUUUUCCAAACCCAGGGCAACCCACAGGGAUCUAUCUGGCUCUCACCCACGCCCGUUACCUGCCCUGUGCAUCUGGCACCCCAGCCCAGGACCUGCACCCCGAUGGUGACGGUGUCGUGCGUUUUGCAUGCCGUUCAGUUGUGUAUCUUCUCGGGAGAAACACCUACUCAAACCCUUUGCCCAUUAAAAUACAUACAUUUUAUGCGCGAGUCACCCUCAGCAGUCUCUCCACUCCAUAAAGGCUCCCUGUCCUAGCCAGUUAGGGCGUGUUCAGGUCGACCUGGGAUUUGAACCUUGGCCUCCUGUGUGGCUCCAGUGUUGUACAGCAGAGGCCUCCCACCUGUGCUGCCACAGCCGGGCCCCUGCUUUAAAGUCGGAUUUGUCUUUAUCGUUUAGUUGCAAGGCUGCUUUAUCUGUUCUGGACACUUGGGCUGUCCUUCAUCUAACUUAGUGUCCUCUGAUGUAUAAAAAUGCAUACAUUUGAUGAA